CUCCCACCUAAUAUAUAAAACAAACAAAGAAACCCUCACUCUCAGUCUCACCACAAAAGCCAGAGCACUACUCUUUCCUUCUUUCAAUGGCCUCCAGUGACUCAGAAAUCACCCACAAGUUCCAUUUCUUCGAUGUAUACAAAGAUGGCCAUGUGGUGCUACACCGCCCCUUCACUGAGAAAAUCCCAGCCUACGAUGACCCGCUCACCGGUGUCCGAUCAAAAGACGUCAUCAUCUCAUCGGACCCCCCGGUAUCCGCCCGUAUCUUUCUACCCAAAUCUGCUGACCCGACCCAGAAACUCCCUCUCCUAUUCUACGUGCACGGCGGUGGCUUCUGCAUGCAAUCCGCUUUCUCUGCCCAGUACCAUGAUUUCGUCAAGACAAUCGUCGCCGAAGCUAAUGUCGUCGCCGUCUCGGUCGAGUACGGCCUAUUCCCGACCCGACCAAUACCCGCUUGUUACGAGGACUCCUGGGCUGGGCUCCAGUGGGUUGCAUCCCACAGUAAUGGAAACGGACCCGAGCCAUGGCUGAACGAUCAUGCAGAUUUUCAACGAGUUUAUGUCGGCGGAGAUAGUGCCGGAGGGAACAUAUCACAUACUUUGGCGUUUCGGGCCGGGUCUAUCGGGUUACCCGAAGUGAAGUUGGUUGGGGCGGUACUGGUUCACCCGUAUUUUGGAGGAACGGAAGAUGAUCACAUGUGGCUGUACAUGUGUCCGACAAACAGUGGGUUGGAGGAUCCUAGGAUGAAGCCGAAUGCAGGGGAUCUAGCCAAGUUGGGGUGCGAGAGGGUGUUGGUUUUUGUGGCUGAGAAGGACCAUUUGAUGGAUCCGGGUAAGCGGUACUAUGAAGAAUUGAAGAAAAGUGGGUGGGCCGGAUCCGUGGAGAUUGUAGAGAAUUUAGGGGAGGAGCACUGCUUCCAUUUGUUCAACCCCAAAUAUGAAAAGUCUGUGGAUUUGAUUAAAAAAUUCAUUUCUUUUGUUAAACAAGAUUAGAUAGAUGCUUUUUGGUCUUUAGCUUUGAUGGUUUAUGUAACCUUCAUGAAAUAAAAGGUAAUUUUCAAAUUUCACAAUAUAGGAAUAUAGUGUAUGUUUGCGAAAAU